AUGGCUUCAAAGUCAAAUCCCAGCUUUGAUCAGCUUCGUUGGGUAAUUCAAAUACGUCGAACACUUGAUGAAGAACUUGAAGACGAUGCCGGGGCGUCAGUGUGCAGCAUCUUCAAUGUCCCCAAAACUCUAUUGUCUAGCAAGCCAGAUUGCUACAUUCCUCAAGAAGUUGCAAUUGGCCCAUACCACUACUGGCGGCCAGAGCUGUAUGAGAUGGAGAGAUACAAGGUUGCUGCUGCUAAGAGGACUCAAAAACAACUCAAAAGCCUGAAAUUUGAGAACCUCGUCGAUCAAUUGAUGAAAUAUGAGCCAAGGAUCCGUGCUUGCUUCCAUAAGUACCUUGAUUUCAAUGGUGAAACCAUAGCUUGGAUGGUUGCAGUCGAUGCUUGCUUCUUGCUUGAAUUCCUCCAAAUUUAUGCAAUCAAAGAAGGCAAAGUUCAAACAGAAAUUCUAUCCACAAUGUCUCAUUUGGUGGACUACGCAGGAAGGAAAUCGGCUCAUAAUGCUGUCCUUAGAGAUAUAAUUAUGCUCGAGAAUCAAAUUCCUCUGUUCAUAUUGAGGAAGAUCUUGGAAUUUCAGUGUUCAUCGUUGGAUGCAGCGGAUGAUUUACUGCAUUCCAUGAUAAUGGGUUUAUGCAAAGAGCUUUCUCUGUUCAAGAUGAUUGAGGACUUCCCUAACAUCCAAAUCACUGAUUGUGCACACUUGCUUGAUUCUUUGUACCAAAUAAUUGUGCCCAAAUCCAAACAAUCCGCUAUCAUCGAAGCCCCUGAAGAUCCAAAUGCUCCUGCUGAUGAUAACAAGGAAGAAAAAUUUGAGGAUUCAAGUUAUGUGAAGAAACUCCUCAAUGAGAUAGGGAAGCUGCUAUCAAAAUUAAACGAAGGCCCGGUAAGUUUCAUAAAAAGGAUAUUGCUUUCAAGGUCUGUUAAAUUAGUGUUUAAUUUACCUUGGACAAUCCUCACUCGUCUUCCCGGGUUUUCGAUCUUAACACAACCUGUUCAGUAUAUUUUCUUCAAUCAAGAUAAAGAAGACAUCAAACCCGAAAAUGGAAGUUCGAAUUCAAAUGACAAUAACAAGCCUCCUUUGUUAGAGGAAAUCACUAUCCCUUCAGUGAGUGAGCUCUAUAAAUCAGGUAUUCGAUUUGUAGUCACUAAAGGGGAUAUAACCACUGUUAGCUUUGAUGCAAAAACAUUCACAUUUCACCUCCCUAGUGUUAGUUUAGAUGUUAACACUGAAGUGGUAUUAAGAAACUUGGUUGCAUAUGAAGCAUCAAAUGCAUCAGGGCCAUUGGUUUUUACGCGUUAUAUAGAAUUAAUGAAUGGGAUUUUGGAUACUGAAGAGGAUGUCAAACUGCUUAGAGAGAGAGGUAUUGUGUUGAAUCGUUUGAAGAGUGAUAAAGAAGUAGCUGACCUGUGGAAUGGUAUGAGUAAGUCAGUCAGAUUAACCAAAGUACCCUUUUUGGAUAAAGUGAUUGAAGAUGUGAACAAGUAUUACAGUGGUAGAUGGAAGGUUAAGGCUACGAAAUUCUUGAAGAGUUAUGUGUUUGGUUCUUGGCAAUGCUUAACAUUCUUAGCAGCUGUUCUGUUCUUGUUGUUGAUGACUCUGCAAGCAUUUUGCUCAGUAUAUAGCUGUGCCCGUAUUUUUCGUAUCAAGACAACAACUGGAUGA